UUUUGUUUUGUUUUUACCACAAAUUCAUUCGAAUCAAUAGAAAAUAAACAAAAAUUUCUUAUUUGGUAAUGCUAAUUAGAUAAUAUGAAUGCAAAUAAUUUGAAAACAUCAUCAUCAUCAUCAUCCAUGAUGAAAGUGAAUGAUAAUAAUAAUAUAAUUGAAAAACAAUCAUCAAAAACAACUAAAUCAUCGAAUAUUGGAUGUUUAAAAUCAAUUCUAAUCAAUAAUAUUCAACCAUAUUAUCAUCGUAUUGAUCAUGCUUCAAAUCAGCCAACAAAAUUAGAUGAAACAGAUAAUAAUAAUAAUAAUAAUAAUAAUAAUAAUCAAAAUAAAAAAUGUAAUAUAUUUCAAUCAUUAUCAUCAUCAACAUCAUCAUGUCCAUUACGACAAAUGAAUAAAAAAUCCUGUUCGUUUGUAGAAAUGUUGGGACAAAUCAUAUCGAAUGUUUUCAAAUCGAUUGAUAAUAAUGAUAAUGAUGAUCAAACAAAAAUGAUAAAUAAUAAUAAUAAUAAUGGACAACAACAAUCGGAAAUAAUGAUGAUGCUGAAUGAACAAGAUGAAUUGAUAUUCAAACAAUAUCAAAUCUCGAAAGAAAAUGUAGAAAUUUUUCGAAAUUUUCGUUUAGAAUAUCAGGAAUUUUUUCCAGAAAAUGUUGAUGAUUCAAACGAAUCACUUACCGAUUAUGAACGUUUACGUUUAGAACAAUUAGAUAAUGCAUUGGAUCCGUUACGUUAUAGUAUUCGUAGUCGUCAUCAUUUAAAAAAUGAACAUUAUUGUAAUGAAGAUAUUCAUGGUUAUUAUCUAAAUCAAUGUCUUUUUCGUUCAUUCAAUGGUCGACCACAACAAUCGAAUGAAGAAUUGAAUGAAAAUCUUUAUACUGAUAUUGAAUUCACUAUCAAUAUGUUGAUUACAUUGGCCAAACAGAUCAAACCUUUUAAUGAACAAAGUUGUAAUGAUCAGAUUAGUUUAUUACAACAAAGUGUAAUGCCUAUAAUGACAUUACGAUCAUUAUUGUUACAGAAUCGUAAACCACCACCAUUACGGCCAUCAUCAUCAUCUUGUAGUUUGAAACGUCAAUGUUCAAUGUCCGAUUCGGAUGAUAAUUAUGUUGCAACCACCACCACCACCACUACUACAGCUACCAUCGAUGAUAAUACAAUAAUCAAACCAAAAACAAUAUUGAAACGAAUUUGUUUGGAUGCUGUUCGAUCGAAUGAAUCUCAAUCAUCAUCAUCGGUAAAUAUACGUCCAUCAUGUAUUAUGAAAUUGACAAGAACCGUUGAAAAUUCAACACUAUCGACUUGUAGUAAUAAUAAUAAUCAUAAUUCUGAAUUAUCAUAUCAUCCAAAUGAAAUAACAUUGGAACAUGAAAAACAUUUUCAAAUUCUUUAUCAAAAAUUAUUCCAUUCAAUUGAUGAUUAUUGGCUUAAAGAUAAAUAUAUUUUCUAUUUAUUAUUUGUAAUCGUAUUGUUUCAACCAUCUAAUCAUCAUCAUCAUUGUUCGACAAGUAAUGAUCUUGAAAAUGUUAAUCAAAUAAGAGAAGAACAUUAUCGUAACUUACAUCUAUUGCAACGUUAUCUACGAAAUCAAUUUGUUGGCCAACCAAAUGCCCGAUUUUUAGCACGUUCACAUUUUGUUCGUCUUUUUGAUCUCAUACAACAAGUCUAUUAUAUACAUCAUAAUGUUAUACAAAAACUUUGGAGUUAUAAUCUAAAAUAUGCUCAUAAUUUAUGGGAAAAAUUAUGUGCCCAUUGAUAUUUUUUUUUGACUGUUUUCUUUUAAUUUAUGUAUUUGUGUGUGUUAUGUGCCAAUAAAUUUUCGGUUGUUUUUUUUUAAAUUUUUAUUUUAAAAGUUUUCUUUUUCUAUUCAAACUUGGCGAUGAUUCUAUAUUUGCUAUUAUUGUCAUAAUUGUCAUGAAGAUUGUCGUGGAUAUUCAACUGAUUGAAAU